AUGAGUUAAUUGGUUUCUUGUGGGAAAAGUGUUCUCAUUCAUGAUUAAUCUAUGGACCCCGUUUUAAGAAUUAACCCACAUAAAUCUAGCAUUAAUUGUUGCAUUUGGAAUCACAAUAGUAUUUGAACUUGUAAAUUUAAUAGAUUGUGUUAUUGCAAGUUGUGGCAAUGAUGGAGUUAUAAUUUUAAGUCGAGCUACCGAUGGCGAAUCACUUUUGCCUCUUGAGCAUAACGGAAAAGCAAUAAAUGCAAUUUCAUUUACAUCUAAUAGCCAAUAUUUAGCAAGUGGAGGUCAUGAUUCAAUUGUGCGGGUAUGGGAUUUGAAAAAGAAAACUAUUCAAAGUCAUCUCAAAGGACAUUAUUCUUAAAUUAAUUCAUUGCAUUGGAAUUCUGCAGACACUCUCAUUGCAAGUGCCUCUAAUGUAGGUGACAUUCUUGUACAUGAUGUAAGUUCACAAAUAGCAGUAUCCACUUUCAAUUUAAAAGGCUCAAAAACCCCUGGAUUCAAGGCAGUUAAAUUUAUGAGCAAAAAUCUCUUGUGUUCUGGCAGCAAUGAUGGGUCUGUGACAAUCUUUGAUCUAAAUAAGAAUGAAUAUCAAUGCAAUUUCUCAUCUUAACAUACAAGUAAAGUGACAGGACUAAGUGUUACUUAAUCGUUAGUCUGUAGUGUUGGAACCGAUCAAAAAUGUUAUCUAUAUAGUAUUGUUGAUAAAAAGGUUACGCAUACGAUUGCAUGUGAAAAUCCAUUGAAUUCUGUGGCCAUGCAAAAUGACGAUUAUUCUGUUACUGUGGGCACUCUCUAUGGAUAAAUCUAUGUGUAUGACAUAAGAAUGACCUAGAAACCUAAAUUGUAAUUUAGAGGACACGACAACUCCAGUGUUAAUUAUAUGGAGUAUUAAAACAUCGACUAACAAUCUCAAUAACCUCCUGUUUCAUAAAGACUAUUAAAUGAAAGCAAUAUGAGUGUCCAAUCAUAACUAAAGCCUAAUUAAGGAAAAUCACCUUUGAUUUUAGAAAUCAAGAAGGACAGUACGAAAGACUUGAGUGCUUUAAGUAAUAAAGAAUCAAUGAUUAAGAUUGAAUAAUAAAAACAAAUGCAAUAUGAUCAAUGUAAAACAAAUCCAAUUUAUUUAGGUAAUAGUCCAAUCUCGUGUCUAAUCAAGUUAGUAAUCUAAAUUUGACUAAAGCACUAGCAAAAUUGAGGAUAUCUCUCGGAAAUAUGAGGUUAGCAGAGUAAUUGGGGGAUAAAAUGAGUAAUAUUUUUAUGUUUACUCCUAGGUUUACUGAUGAGUAAAAGAAAUACAUUCAACAGUAGAUUAAUGAAUAAACUUAUCAACUCAAAAAGAUUGUUUAGGAUAGUGUUAGUUCGAUGCAUGUUGAUAUGAUUAGAUAAUUUUAAAUUUAACAAAAUGAAAUGUAAUAACUGCUGGAUCAAUAUAUGAAGGAACAAAGUAAUUUGGUUUAGAGAAUCUCUUAUUUAGAACAAGAGAAUCAGUAAUUAAAAAGAUAAUCGUAUUGAAAUAAAUUAAUAAUUUAUGUUAUAAGUUUAUCUUGUUAGAUAUGAUUGUUUUAAAAUUCAAUAACUCAUUCCGAAUAGAAUCUUUUGCAUUCUAUUUUACGCCAUAUGCGUUAUUGAUUUAAUACUACUUCUCUUCUCGUGUUCCUUUUUUAUUCUCCCUUACUAAUAAGAGGAUGUCGAAUAGCAAUUUAUAAUUGAAAAAGUAAUUGGUAACUAUUUAUAUAGGAAACUACCGAUUGGAACUUGAAUUUAAAUUAACAGCACUUCACUCGAUAUCCAAUCAUAGGAAAAUUGAAUGGUCAAGAAUUUACCUUCGAAAAACAUCAUUAUGUUAAUCUUCUCAACAAUAACACCUCAACCUACUUCCAGAAAACUAAUUUUCAUGGAUACUUUGGCUAUCUUGAUUAUCAGUUGGCCAAUUUGAUGUUACCUAAAGUGCAUUGUCUCUUACUUUAGUUUUCAAAACGAUAAACUUAAAAAAUUAUAAAAAAUUUGCCGCAAUGUAAUAAAUCAAUUGGCAUACCCAUCACUCCCUGGUUUUGGAAGGGAGACCAAAUAUACUACCUUACUGAAAUAUGUUUCAAGAUCUCAAUCAAGGAUACUAAAUUAUAUUUUGAAGGUGGGUGCAUGAAUGACGGCCUCAUAUAUAAAAAACUAUCAACUGAUGAAACAACAAAUUUUGAAAACUUAUCAUUGUACCUUACACAUGUAGAUGGUCCAUCCAUAAAUGGAUUUCAAUUUUCAGAGUAAAACAAAAAAGCAUUUAUAACAUCACUCUAUUUAACUUUAAUAUAUUAUUCCUUCUUAUUUGGCAUUUCAGGUACCAUAUACAUGAUAUUAAUUUAUUGUAUUUUAUCAAUAAGAAAAAGGAGUGAAAAUUAAUAUGUAUGA